CCGGCCCCCCUCACCUCCUCGGCGUGUGAAGCAGGGAGUGCGGGGGGCGCGAGGGUCGUUUGGCGGCGGAGGAGGAGCUGGAGGGGGAGGUGAUGGCAGCAGCGAUGGAAACCGAGCAGCUCAGCCUCGAGAUAUUUGAAAUGGCCACAAGUGGGACAGAGGACGAUGGCGAGACGGACAAGCUGGAGCCCCACUACAUCGAGAGACACUCCUGGAGCCACCUACGGAAGCUGAUCACUGACAGCAGGAAGUUCCACAGCCACAUGAUGGUCAAAGGGCCUCACGACUUUUAUUUUGUGAAGAAAAAUGACCCAGAAGGUCCUCACUCAGACAGAGUCUAUUACCUCGCUAUGUCCAACGAAAACCGAAACACGUUGUUUUAUUCGGAAAUUCCCAAAUCAGUAAACAAGAAUGCUUUCCUGAUGCUUUCGUGGAAUCCUCUGCUGGAUUAUUUCCAGGCCACUCCUGACUACGGGAUUUACUGCCGCGAAGAGGAAUUGCUGAGAGAAAGGAAGCGCAUCGGAACCAUUGGAAUUGCCUCGUAUGAUUUCCACAAGGAAAGUGGAAUGUUGCUGUUCCAGGCCAGUAACAUCAUCUAUUACGUGAAGGACGGUGGUCAAAGCGGCUUCACUAAACAACCCCUAAACCCUUUGACGAUCAAGACUGACUGUCCCAAAAUCCGGAUGGAUCCCAAAAUAUGCCCAGCUGAUCCGGAUUGGGUUUCAUUUAUCCACUGCAAUGACUUGUGGAUUUGUAACAUUGAAACGGGGGAAGAAAAGAGGCUCACCUUCGCACAUAAAGAUUUGCCGAAUCUGGAGGACGAUCCCAAAUCCGCAGGCAUCGCCACGUUCGUGCUCCAGGAAGAGUUUGACCGGUAUACAGGCUACUGGUGGUGUCCUGUGGCCGAGCGCACUCCAGAUGGAGGGAAGGUUUUCAGGAUCCUUUAUGAAGAGAAUGAUGAAUCAGAAGUUGAAAUUAUCCAUGUAAUGUCGCCCAUGCUUGACACACGGAGGUCUGAUUCGUACAGAUACCCACGAACAGGGACUCCAAAUCCAAAGAUAACUUUCAAGAUGUCCGAAGUAACAAUAAAUGCUGACGGAAGGAUCGUGAGCGUCGUCGACAAGGAGCUGGUCCAACCCUUUGAGGACCUUUUUCAAGGGACGGAAUACAUUGCACGGGUCGGGUGGACUCGAGAAGGGAAAUAUGCCUGGGCCAUCAUGCUCGAUCGACCCCAAACCAGACUCCAGAUUGUCCUGAUUUCCCCUGCUUUAUUCAUCCCCGUAGUGGAUGAUGCAACAGAGCAGCAGAAACUGGUGGAGUCUGUGCCUGACAGCGUGACACCAUUGAUUGUGCUUCAAGAAACAACAGACAUUUGGAUAAAUAUACACGAUAUACUUCACAUAUUUCCUCAGACAAAAGAGGAUGAGAUCCAGUUCAUUUUUGCCUCUGAAUGUAAAACUGGCUUCCGACAUCUUUACAGAAUCACAGCUGCCUUGGAGGAGAGCAAGUACAAGCGAUCGAGCGGCAGGACGCCCUCUCCAGAUGAUUUUAAGUGUCGAAUUAAAGAAGAACUACCCCUGACCAGUGGCGAGUGGGAGGUGCUGGGGAGACAUGGGUCUAAUAUUUGGGUCAAUGAAGCUUCGCAACUUGUUUAUUUUCAAGGCACAAAGGACACUCCUUUAGAGCACCAUCUGUACGUGGUGAGCUGUCAAACCCCUGGCGAGGUUGUGCGAUUGACACAGCUAGGCUACUCUCACACCUGUACUGUCAGCCAGAAUUUUGACAUGUUCGUAAGCAAGUUCAGCAGCCAGGAGGAACCACACAGCGUCCAUGUUUUCCGGCUCACGGGACCAGAGGAAAACCCUCUCCACAAGCAGAGGGAAUUUUGGGCCACAAUGUUGGAAUCACCAGGUUGCCCUCCGGAUUACAUUCCUCCAGUAAUGUUCAGCUUUGACAGCACGUCAGGGUACACGUUACAUGGGAUGAUGUUCAAGCCUCAUGACCUGCAGCCGGGCAAGAAAUAUGCCACUCUCCUCUACACGUACGGUGGGCCCCAGGUGCAGUUGGUGAACAAUCGCUUUAAAGGAGUCAAGUACCUGCGUCUGAACACACUGGCGGAGCUUGGCUAUGUGGUCGUUGUCAUCGACUCCAGGGGCUCCUGUCACAGAGGCCUUAAGUUUGAAGGUGCCUUGAAGUGCAGCAUGGGUCAGGUAGAGGUGGAAGAUCAGGCGGAGGGACUGCAGUAUCUGGCAGCAAAGUACAGGUUCAUCGACAAGGAUCGCAUUGCAAUUCACGGCUGGUCGUAUGGAGGCUACCUGUCCCUCAUGGCACUGGUGCGCAGACCAGAAAUAUUUAAGGUUGCAAUAGCUGGAGCCCCAGUCACACUGUGGAUGUUUUAUGAUACUGGUUACACAGAACGCUACAUGGGCCUGCCAGACCAAAACGAACACGAUUAUGAUCUUGGAUCAGUAGCAAUGCAAGUUGAUCACUUGCCUCUCGAACCAAAUCGACUACUGCUCCUACAUGGAUUCCUGGAUGAAAACGUUCACUUUGCUCAUACCACUCUAUUUCUCAGCUUCCUCGUCCGAGCGGGCAAACCCUACGACUUGCAGAUGUACCCUCAGGAGCGGCACAGCAUUCGUGUCCCAGAGUCUGCGGAACAUUAUGAACUGUACCUGCUCCACUACCUUCAGGAGAACUUGGCUUCCCGGCUCGCUGCUAUGAAAUAGAAGACGCUGUGUGAUUUUUUUCUCUACAUUUCCCAUCUCAGCCAGUAACUCAACAGGAUAAGAAGCAGGAGAGUGACAGCAACCCAUUUCUCACAGAUAGCCGUACUUUCUCCUACUGUCAUGAAUAGCAACAUUCCUCCACCACUUCAUCGUAGCAUCGCUAUAUCUCACAAAUUGUGACAUCCCGCUCCCCACUCCCCUCCUCAAAAAGUGGUGUCCCUCCAUCUUGCUAAUAGUGCCUGACGAUGACUUUUGCCAAGAAUCUAAAUGGAUCCAAUCCAUAUUCAAUCUAUGGUCGCACAAUCCUCUGCAUUCAACAAGAGUGUCGGCAUUAAGGCAGAGCGUUUUUGAAGAAAGCACAUGAGUGGAUUUGUGUGUGUGUGUGUGUGUCAGCCCAACCCUAAUCUUUACUAAGUAACAGAUAAUUAAAAUUCCCAGGUUGCCCAAUUCUUUUAUUCCCUCUUGAGUGACUCCAUAUGGGAUCCUCAGAGAGGGUGUCAUUUGAUCAUCUGCUUUCAGUGCUCAGUCCUACUGCUAUCUAUUUCUGUCACAAUAACAGCUCACUCUCUCUCUCUCUCUUUCCGACCCUGUUCUUCAUCUCCUAAAUUGACGCAAGCACAACCUACCCAUGAAUAUUCCGUGGAUUCCUCAACCAAGGUGAAGUGCAGAUGUUUCUAUAAACUUCUGAGCAUUUAAAAUGGUUGUUGAAUUGACGUCACACAAAACAUCUUUUGUAGACUAUUUACUCUCUUCAUGAACUAGAAGUGAAAGCCUUUCUUUUGAUUAAUGACUGAUCUUCUCAGCUUCCAAAGUGCCAAACACUUUUUCUUUACAACUGGUAUUUGCAGUGGAAGGUUUAAAGAAACCUAGCGGAUGUUUAAAGAAACGUCUUUGCUGACUUAGGUUCUGAUGCAGCACUCCGCUGUGACAAUAACAGUCAUGGCAGAUACUGGGGAUUGUUACUUUAAUGUGGGAGGAUGUUCACGGAGAUGCUGCUUGGGAACAGUGAUUUCUUCAACGUCACUGUCAAAACGCUCUUCAUACUAUUAUCUGAGCAUUAAUAAUGAGAUGGGCCUGCCAGUGUAGUUCUCCUUCACUGUGAUUCUGUCCGAUGCACUGCAUUUAUCAUCAUCUCCAUCUUUCCUUCUGUAUCAUUAGCCAGGGAGAUGGAUCAAGGGCAGGUUAGAUGAGCCGGAAGUGAAUGAGUAAGGUUGUAGAACUAGAUCUCAGUUCAAAGGAAGUGUAUUUGAUCACACAACUCUUUAAAGAUAGGAACAUAGGUGACAAAUCAGUAGACCACGCUGCCUUUUUAAUAUUAUCAUGGCAUUCUAGGGAAGGCAUUUUGUAGCAAGUCCAAUAAUAACUGAAAUUGUGGUUUGUGUUUUUAAGUAUCCACUUGAUGAUAGGUUUGGUUGCAUCCUCACUGGUUCAUUAAAAAGGAGCAGCUUUCUGCACUUAAAAGCCAAGGGGACAUUGCAUCCUGGUGGACAGAUCUGUUUCUCCUGCUCUUCAGUGAGUCAAGAGGAGCCGUACUGCCAAGUACCAUAAAUGUCUGAUCAGUUGUAGGUCUUUAUACAAGAACCAUGCAGUUCAACCUCUUUAGUGAGGCUUGAAAAGACUCAUGUUUCUGCGGCGCUCUGACCACGUUGAUGGAUUUAUGAUAGCUUCAAUUAGCUUGCGUGUUACAUGAAAGAAUUUGUUGGAAAAUGUACUGAAUGUAAAUAAUACUAAAUCAACACCUUGGUUACUGUCGUGCUUUCAGUCACUUGUAAUACAUGUAAUAUGAAGGAUGAUUUUUUUGGUGGGGGCGGGGGGGGGAGAGGGGUCAAGUAGCACUGUCCGAGUGAUAAGAUCAGCAACUGAUGGUGUGAUGGUACAUUUGCCCCAGAGAUUUGAAUUAAUGCUCAGUAAGAGGGACCUUGCAUGUGCAGAGAAAGCAAGGAUCAAUCUAUAAUCCUAUGAAAACUCUGUGAGAUUAUCCGAGAGACACCGAGUGUCCAGCAGACACAGGCAAGCAUCAUUGCAUACUGCAUCCAGUUCGCCUACCUCCUCAGUGAGACAUUGCUAGAUGGGCACAGACUUCAGUUUGGACAGCAAGACCAGUAUUCUCAAAAUGAAGCUCUUUUGUAUUUUUGGUGCAGUUCUAUCAGUUAACACUUCCUGGCUGUGUUUGUGGGACAUCGCUGUGCUGUGCCUACAAAGAAAAGUCACCACACUUCAAUGGAAAUCCUGUGAAGCGCUUUGAGAUGUUUCAACGACGAAAGGCGCUAAAUCAAGUUUAAGGAUUCUUAAUUUUAUAAACAGGAACACAUGAAAUUCACAACAGGACAGACAGUAAGAACCUGAAAGAAAAAAAAUGUGUAGUGAUGCUUGCAGCUUCCAUCAGAAGUCAUGUAUAUUGAGUUCUGAUGUUGAGUUUAAAUCCAAAGCAUUAAAUGUUUUUUUUCCACUUUCAGAUCUUUAUUGAUUUGAACUGUAGAUUUUCAGCAGUUGCAAUUAUUUUUGUUUCUUUUUAUUUCAAUAAAUAUUGGCUGAUGUUGUCUGAGAUACAUAAGUUCAGGUAUCUCUGGCAAAGCACACACUAUUGAAGGAACGUUUGUACCAUUCUCACAAUUCUUAAAAUAAACAACGAUUUAAACUGCU